CUUCAAUAUAAGAACAGAUGUCCCCCAACAGUUUGAAACAAUGAUCAUCACUACGGCCUAGAUAUUUACAAGCAUGGAAAUACUUCGCUUCUUGGUUGUCGUUAUCGGUGCUACUCUUCUUUUUCCGGAGUAUGCUCGGCCUUUUGAUAUUACUCAAUCAGAAUAUGAAGACACCAACAAUCACCUUUUAGCUCUACAAGAUGUCAUUAUCGAACCUACAUCUUAUAGGGUCGAUGCAUACUCGGACUUCAAUAUCACCUUCAGACUUGCGCCAUCUUAUCAGACGAUAACGCUUAAGUUACAACCGAGUCUUGAUAUAAUAGCACCAGAUGCUUACAUUCGACAUCUUGACAAGGAUGGGCGGUCGGUACACGGAGGUCCAAUUGAGAGGUCCGCGCAUAAAGUUUUCAAGGGGAUCGUUUUUGUCGAGGCCAAGGAAGGCAAGCUGAACGUUGGUUGGGCACGGAUAUACAUGAUAAGACAUGGAGCAAAACCACUGUUCGAAGGAACUUUCACAGUCUAUCAUGAACAAUACCAUGUUCAACUUGCUUCCACCUAUUCUCAGUUCACAAGAGGCCUGGACAGGCCGGGAUUACGAUUACGACAUCGCGGUCCACGACAAGACGAUUAUAUCAUUGCUUAUAGGAUAACCGAUGGAGAUAAUACCGAAACAAAACGAUCCCAGGACGAAAGUAUCUGUCGGGUGAAUACUUCACCAGCAAGCACCUAUGCGGACACCGAGACCAGCGAGUUAAACGAUUCUCUUUUUACACGUCAGUGGGGUAGUCCCCAGUACAAUGAUUUCAGGGACCAUAUAGGCGGUACAGCAGGAUGUCCGACAUCGCAUCGCACGGCUUUAAUUGGUAUUGUCACAGACUGCACAUACACUGCAUCAUUCAUAUCAGCCGACGCCGCUCAUCAAAACAUUGUCAACGUGGUCAAUUCUGCAUCAGAAAUCUUUGAGCGAAGCUUCAAUAUAUCUCUCCAAAUCCAGAAUAUCACAAUCAGCGAUCCAGAAUGUCCGCGCACAGCACCGGAUAAUGCCCCUUGGAAUUUGCCAUGUGCCGCAAGUGAUCUCCAACAACGACUCAACCUAUUUUCAUCGUGGAGGGGAUCGAUCAAUGAUGAUCUUGCAUAUUGGACUCUGAUGACAAGCUGCCCAACAGGAGGUGAGGUAGGUGUGGCAUGGGUUGGUCAGCUUUGUAGCCCUCAUUCCUCAAGAUGGAACUCGCAAUCAGAAACAGGGGCUAGUGUCGUGGUUAGAACUAGCACAGAAUGGCAAGUUUUUGCGCACGAAUCUGGCCAUAUCUUUGGAGCUAUUCAUGAUUGUGAGUCAAGUACAUGCGCCAGGUAUAGUGAAGGACAAUGUUGCCCGCUUUCCACCUCCACAUGUGAUGCAGGUGGGAGAUAUUUGAUGAAUCCGGUUUCAAGUCGGCGGCUAUCACAGUUCUCUCCGUGCACUAUCGGGAAUGUCUGUUACAUGAUGGGCAAUAAUUACAUCAGAACCAGCUGUCUAAGAGAGGGUGGUAACAACACGACGUCUACAAGAAGCCAAUGUGGGAAUGGGAUAGUAGAGCCUGGCGAAGACUGCGACUGCGGAGGGGAUGACUCCUGUCAAGAUGCUUAUGGCAAUUGCUGCAAUGGAAGGACAUGUGGAUAUACGAACAGCUGCGGGACUGAUUCAUCGGGUACAAAUGACGGCGGCGAUAGCAGUGUGCCAUGGGUUGAUGACCACCUGUCCCUGGUCAUCGGGCUUGCCGCUGGGAUCGGCGGUGGCCUGCUCCUUCUGAUACUUGCUUGUGCUAUCAUCAGUUGCCGCCAAAGACAACUCAAACGCAAAGCGCGGCAGAAAAUCAUGCCUUUGGUUUUGGCUCAAGAUAUGAGGCCGGUAGUGGCAACAGUUUCUCCGCAAGCUGCCAGGCCAGCGACUCAGGUGUCAAAUUAAUGACUGAAAUUGUAUCUCCGUACAUGUAUGUACAUACACUGUGUUCUCUAGAAUCGGUCGCCAAGAAAGGUAAAUGCGAUAUAUCGAGUGAAUACUACU